AACGCGACCCAGCUAACCAUUUCUGCGGAGGCAAAUUUCGCAGACUAUAUUGACAAAGUGGCAAUGAGUAACAAACAGAUCUGUCGAAACGUUAAAUUGACAACAAGAAGCACACAGAUGUGACAAAAGACCGACUUUCCGCAAAGGAUGUAAAAAUGAUCAACCUGCACCAAUCGAAUUAAUUCCAAGGGAUACCUAAUAAUAACCUAGACAACAAAACGUCUAAAAUCGGGACAUAAGACGUCUUAAAGCAGUCAUUAAGAUAUAUGUCUUUAAGACGUCAAUAAGAUAUCUAAGAUAUCUUAUGUCCCGUUUUUAGACGCAAUAUUGUUUGGGAAUUGAGAGAUUAAAUACACUACUUUAAUGGCUUUAAAAAAGGAGUUGCAAGAAAAUCCAAACAUUCGAAAAAUAAAGAUAGAAGAGAUUCACCGAGAUUCAACAGAUUUUCUAGGCAAAGGCGCAUUUGGAAUAGUAUUUCAAGGAAUUGUCUCCAAUUUAGAAGGGUUGAAAACAAUGUGUGCCAUAAAAAGUUUACCUGAUAAUGCUACCUUGCUGGAAAAAAAGAAAUUUUUGCAAGAAGCCAAAAGGAUGAGCCGAUUUGAUCACAAAAAUGUUCUAAAAUUAUUGGGCAUUUGCUUGAAUACGGAUUCACCGAUGCUCAUAUUGGAAUUAAUGGAAACUGACUUAUUGACAUAUUUGAGAAAGAAUCAAACAUUCAACCCGUUAAGUGCACAAAGUCUGCGCCUGCAAGACUUACUCGCCAUGUGCGAAGAUGUUGCGCGGGGUUGUCACUAUCUAGAAGAAAUGCGAUAUGUACAUAGAGAUCUUGCGUGUCGAAAUUGCUUAAUAUCCACGAGAAAUGAUGGAAGCCAUAUUGUGAAAAUCAGUGACUUUGGAUUAACUAGGAAUAUGUACAAUGAUCAAUAUUAUCGCAUGCAACAAAAGACCGUCUUCCUAUUGCAAUGGCAUGGAAUCUGUAUGUACCAAUUAUUUACUUCACAAAGCGACGUUUGGGGAUUCGGGGUGCUAAUGUGGGAAAUUAUGUCAUUGGGUGAACACCCUUAUUAUGACAAAAAUAAUACAGAGGUAACUGAAUAUAUACGUGAAGGAGGCAGGCUGUCACAACCUCUCAACUGUCCGCCGACGUUGUAUCAGUUAAUGCAACAAUGCUGGAGUGAGGAGAAAAAUAGACCAAAUUUCAAUUACUGUCUCGAAAAUAUCAUAACGACAAAUAUAAGAGACGAUGCGAUUUUAAAGCCAACAAUUAAAUAUCCACCGGUAAAUCGAUAG